GUUCCACUGUCGCUGGUAUCUGUUCUUUGGCUGAGGCUACUGUCAAAGGCCCAAUACACGCAUGUGGUCCUAGCAUCCAUCAUAAAUUGAUCUUCUGUUGUUCCAGUGGGGCUGAGGGCGGCCAAUUGGUCUUUUCUUUGCUAGUCACCCUCACGGCAUCCAUUGGUAAAUGGCAAUCCAGAUUCCGCACGAGUGUGAUGAUCCUAUAUACCUUGAUAAUAUGUAUGAAUUAUAUCUAAAGUGGCAAUCUAACGAAACAUCAAACGUAGAGAAGGAAAGAGAAAGAAAGGAAGGAUUCUAUCAUACAGGAACUGUGGGAUAUCAGUUGUUGUGGGAUCCGAUUAACAGUGAAUAAAGCAGUCAUGGUGCCUCAGGCAGACUUCGACCUAAGGCUC